CAAAUCCCCAUUCCAUUCCAUUCCUCAACCGCCGAGCAGUCCGCAGCAUCCAGAGCAUCGGAAGCGAUCGUGAACCACGAAUCCUUCUGUUGACCCCGACUCUGCUGUGAGCUUCGUAGAGCGACCAUGGCCAAGGUUAUCAUCCUCAUGGCCGACUACGGGCAUGACCCGACAGAAACGGCCGUCCCAUAUGCGGCAUUCAAAGACGCGGGGUUCGACGUCAGAUUCGCGACUGAGAGCGGCAAGGCACCGGGCUGCGACAGCCGCAUGCUCCAGGGCAUCACGCAAAAGAUUCUCGGCGCAACGCAGUCCACCAUCCAGCUCUACAACGCCAUGGCCUCGUCGGCUGAGUUCAAGAAGCCCCUCUCUUGGACCGCCUCCGGCUUCUCCCUCGCGCCGUACAACCUCGUCUUCCUCCCCGGCGGACACGAAAAGUCCGUUCGCCAGAUUAUCGACUCGGCUGCGGUUCACACGCUGCUGCUAGACUACUUCCCGUCCACGGCAAAGUCAACGGCGAGCGACGGUAAGAAGGCGGCGGCGGCAGUCGGUGCGAUCUGCCACGGCGUCAUGGUGCUGUCGGAGGCGCGGCGCCGGGACGGCGACGGACGGAGCGUGCUUCACGGGGUGACGACGACGACUCUGCCGGCCAGGUUUGAGCAAAUGGCGUUCUGGGGGACGAGGGCUUUCCUAGGGGAUUACUACAAGACGUACGGAGCUGGGAGCGAUGACGUGGAGGACUCGGUCCGGAAGGCGGUUGGUGAUCCGUCGCACCUGAAAAUCAGUCUCUCCCCGUCCCCGUUUGUAGUCGAGGACGAAAACUUCAACUACAUCAGUGCUAGAUUUCCCGGAGAUGUGCCGCUCAUGGCCGAGAGGAUGGUCAAGCUGGUACAAGACCUAACAGCCGGAGAGUCUGGUACGUCUGGCUCGGCUUAGGUACGAAUGAUAUUUUUUUUGGUGGUCACAGGGACCAGCACUGGGGCAAGUACUGCAGCAUCACUGUGACGGAUUGAUGACGGAGUGCCAGCGAUAGGGUAUAACAGUUUGCGCAGUUGUACGGGCGAUCUUGCAAAUGUGCGGCAGGGGGUCGCUGAGGCGAGGAGCUUGACUCCUAAGGGGUUUGCCUCCUGCCUCGGCAGGAGCAAUGUGUAAGUAACAAAAUGCCGUGGGUGAAUAAUGCUAUUGUUUGUUGCAU